AUGACGGGUUUGAGGGACCAUGUGACAACAGAUGCAUGGAUAGGAUCUUCGGCCCCUGAGGAAGCUCACAUAUACAUUUGCAUGGAUAACAUCAUGUCAUUGUUUAAGGAAGACCACAUUAGUAGUCCUCCUAGUGCAAGCCAGCUACAAUUUUGUAGCCCUAACUUUUUCCGUUGUUUGGAUCGCAACCAGGAUGAUAGCUUGGAUUUUUGGGAAGUCCUCACAUUGUACUACAUCAUGAAAACCCGAGGUGUGUGGUGCAAGAGCUGUGGAGUGUGCCAAUUGGGACUUUAUUUCACAUGCGUUGCAUGCUUUGACAACGCUAGCCACACUUAUGAUCUCUGUACUAAUUGCUAUAGCCAACGGAGGUACAGCCACCACCACGUCUCCUUCUUAGAUAGCUACAUGUUGUUGCGCUCCAAGAGAGGACUUCCUCUUGGUGCACCAAAUCUGAAUCAGAACUCUCAACGAGCUCGUGUUGGAAACCUUCUGGACGAACUUGACUGCUGA